AUGGCUGCCCCUCAGAUAGCACCAGCAUCAGCAGUGCAGGCGUUUCCCACAGCCGGCAUGACUACAUCAUCAGCGCCGUCCUCGCACCCACCCUCGCAGCCGCGACCCGUUCCCCAUGGACAGCCGUCGCCUUUACUAAUACACAAUUCAAAGUCUUCCACACGGGAUCCAGCAGAAGCAGUCGAACCACUCUCGUCAUCUCCUUCACAUCCACAAUUCAUCUACACCCCGAGUCUGACUUCCAGUUCAACUGCAAACCCACGGGAACAAAGCAAGGCACCAUCACUUUCUUCUUCACCUCGCCGUUACCCUACAGACUUGACCACACCUAUUCCCGAAGAAUGCGACGAGACCGAGAGCGAGUACCCCAAUGAGCCUGUGACGCCUGUAAGCGAUCAACCGUCGCGCGACUUUGAUGCUGUAGAACAUCACGACAACCCCCAACAGCAACACUAUACCAGCUCACUUGCAUCGUCCACUGAGGUUUCGGCAGAGCACAACCAUACAGAAAACGGCUUCUCGAAGACGCCCCUUCUUGUUCACACUGCAGCUACCCCUCCAAGAACACCGCAAGACGGUUCCGCAUCAGCUAAAUCCCUCAACUCGUCAACUGCGACCACCACACCGCAGUCCCAGACCGAGAAGCCCACAGCUGGACGUCGCCCCUCUACUCGCGGAUCCACCAAUCCUCCGACUAUCCAGAGACGAUCCUCGAGCUUCAGCGCCAAAAUGACCAACUUCUUCCGUCGUACCAACUCCAACGUCACCGACGCGGCGACAGUUGAGUUUAGGAGUCCCAACUAUAACGCCAAUAAUUAUACAAAUGGCUCCACGCCCCUCAAGAUGACUCCUAACAGCAGCCAACGAUUUUCAUGGCGGCGGUCGUCCACCACAACACGUUCACAUACGCCCCCAUCGCCCGGAUCCCCACCAUUGGAAAUUGCGCCUCGCUCUAAGGGAGACGAAGCGCAGCCUACUUUGCCUUCCGAGGGUGACUUUUUGCAGAACAACAAGAAGAACCGUGUCAGUACUGGGUUUUUCCAUCGGGGCCGUGGUAGAGUCAACUUCGCAGGAACCAGUGACCGAAGACGUACCAGGAGCGUUGAGCGUAAAAAGCAGGUGCACCACCCUCAUGGAGAAGGCGAUCUUGUUGCUCAGCCAUUUGUCAUUGUGCCAGAACUUGGCACCGGCAUGAAGGCGCGACGGCUGAGUCUCAGUCUGCCUGAUGACUUCACGGUCGAUGUGGCGGAUCUUACCAAGGAGUUCGAAUACCAGCACAAGCUCUUUGGACGCCACGGCAAGCAUCUUGGAAAGGGUGCGACUUCCAAGGUUACCUUGAUGGUCGGCAAAGGUACCGCGGGCGAGCUUUACGCGGUUAAGGAGUUCCGUGGCAAGAAGUCAGACGAGUCCUCUGGAGACUACGAGAAGAAGAUCAAAUCGGAAUACAGCAUUGCGAAGAGCCUGCACCACCCAAACAUUGUCGAAACAAUCAGACUCUGCACCGACCACGGUCGUUGGAAUCACGUUAUGGAAUAUUGCUCCGAAGGAGACUUGUUCAAUCUCGUAUCCAAAAAGUAUCUUCGAGAAGAUGACCGAGAGAAGGAUCGAUUGUGUCUGUUCAAGCAGCUGCUCCAGGGUGUCAACUACCUACACUCGAACGGCAUUGCACACCGAGAUAUCAAGUUGGAGAAUCUACUUAUCACCAAGGACAGCAAGCUCAAGAUUACCGACUUCGGAGUGUCUGAAGUCUUCUCGGGCAUUCAUCCCGGUCUCAGGGAAGCCGGUGGUCAAUGUGGCCAGAAGAUGAACGGAGAGAUUCGAUUGUGCAAGCCAGGCAUUUGUGGAAGUGAGCCGUACAUUGCUCCCGAGGUUUUCAGUAAGAAGAGUGAUUACGACCCACGUGCUCUCGAUGUAUGGAGUUCUGCCAUUGUCAUGAUCUAUCUACUGUUCAGCGCGAACCUUUGGGAAAGAGCCAGCACUGCCCCUGGCACAAAAGGCAACGACAACUACGUCAAACUUGUACAAGCAUGGGACAGGUACAGGACGAAAAAGGAGAACAACCCAGACCUACCUCCUGAAGUUCUACCCCGCGUGCCUGCCAUUGACUUCGCUGUCAAGCAAACACCGCUCAAGCGCAUUCUCCUCAAUAUGCUCAACCCGGAUCCUGCUGAACGCAUCACCAUCUCUGAAAUUGUUAAUAGCAGAUGGAUGAAGAACGUGGAAUGCUGCCAGCUGGAAAGCUACGAGGAUCCCACGAAACUCAUCGAUGCAACUAAGAAAAACUGCACGAAGACCAGUGCUGGAAGAAUCUAUUGUCAUAAUCACCUGCCACUACAGAGUUCUGGGCACGGUCUGCCGCCUAUGCCUGGCAAGGCGGGAUACUAAGCGCUCAGUGAGGAUCAUGCUGAUCGCUGGACGUUUCCUGUCCAUGAGAACCACGUUGAUUCUUUUGUGGGUCAAAAGCCACAGUCUUGUGGUUUAUUUUCAUAAGUGGCGUUGGGGACUGCAUGAAACGGCUCAACAAAUAAUUAUCACAUAUUUAUACCUUCCAGCGCGCAUCCGGACAUUGUCUAAUAGUCGAGCAUCAUAUACAAGACGGAGCAUGUCGAACAUUACCUACCAAUUCCCCCUUCCAAUUAUUUCUUUCCUCUCGGCGCUCGAGGAAGCGUUGUGAUGUACGAGAAUAGAGUUGUGUUCAUCGUACCCGCCUGUAAUAUCGGGGGGGUUCGCACCGUGGCAAUUCUAGAUCUGAAGUUUGCAGGGAGUACGGCUUCUGGUUACUACUUUGUGGUCAGCCUACCAAU